UAAGUCCCCAAUAUUGGCCCAUAUCAAGUCCUUAUCCAAUUUCUUACUGUAUCCCUUCAGAUUUUUUUUAUACAACACAGGAUUUCUUUUUACUAAUUCUAUUAAUGUCCUCCACAUGCUGAUUUGUGUUUCCGAUUCAUCAUUAUGAUCAUCAUCAAUCACAUCUACUUCAUAAUCCAUAUUUUUUUUCUAAGUUUAACCGAACUGUUAAUAAACUGUAAUAAUAAACAGCAAUAAUACAAUAAAUAGCAAAACUUAAAUUGCAAUUAACGACGUUGCAACCGUUGCAACUAAGCACGAACCAGCACGAACAGUCUAAAUACAUUUCGAGCUAUCUUUUCGUGCCCUAACCUUCCUGAGUUUUCCUCCUGCGUUCUGAUUGGUCGAGCGUAAGCGUAAGAGUAAAGCUGCCAUUUCACGGAGCGAAGCUAAAGCUGGCGUUUACCCCCACUCCAUCGCAACACAAGUCAGCUUUGCUUUAGCUAACGCUAAAGGCCUCCUGCCUUUUUAUGGAGCGUAUUCUUCGCUGCUUUGAGGUUGUGUUUCAGUGAAGUUGAAUUCCUGGCUUUCGCUGGCUUUCUAGUUUUGUUUAUAGUGGAGUACAAAUAAUAAAAUGGAUGAAGAAAGUGGAUUAGCAAUUGCAAUUGCAGAAAUACAAAAACGACGUACAGCCGCGGCUGCAGCUGUUGUGAUGCAUUUGCAGAAGAAAAGAAAAUAUAAGGAAAAAAAGCAUUGGGUAGCACCAAUUUUUAAAAACCGUGACCGAAACAGUUUCUUCUUUGCGUCAGUGCCAAAAUUAUUGUUAGAGGACAUACGAUUCCAUAAUUAUUUCCGAAUGACUGCAACUCAGUUGGAGGAAUUAUUAUGUCUAAUUGGACCACAAAUACAGAAGCAGGACUUUCUUCGACAAUCUAUCUCACCUUCUGAAAGAUUGGCAUUAACAUUGAGAUAUCUUGCUUCUGGGGAUUCCAUGACGUCGAUGUCAUAUCAAUAUCUUGUGGGAUUGACAACAUCGUGUAACAUUAUCCACGAAACGUGUGAAGUAAUUUGGAAUUGUUUAUGUCCUUCGGUUCUUCCAGGUCGACUAAUAGAAAAAGACUGGUUGGAUAUUGCCAAAGAUUACGAAGAAAAAUGGAAUUUCGUUCAUUGUAUUGGAUCCAUUGAUGGCAAGCGUGUCAUCAUUCAGUGUCCUAACAAUGCUGGCUCCACAUAUUUUAAUUAUAAACGCAGUCACAGCAUAGUUUUAAUGGCUAUUUGCGAUGCAAAUUACAUAUUUCGCUUCGUGGAUAUCGGAGCAUACGGACGACAAAGCGAUGGUGGAAUUUUUAGAAAUUGUGCUAUAGGAAAAGCGUUCGAUGAAGGCCGGAUGAAUAUUCCGCAGCCAUCAGCAGUUGGAGCAGGAGGAACUAUUUUACCAUACUGCUUUGUAGGAGAUGAAGCUUUCCCGUUAAAACCGUACUUGCUUCGUCCAUAUCCUGGAAGAGGUGGUCUUACACCAGAACGAGAUAUUUUUAAUUAUCGUUUGAGCCGUGCGAGACGAGUCGUAGAAAAUGCAUUUGGCAUAUUAGCCAGUCGAUGGCGAAUAUAUAGAAAACCAAUUAUCGCUAGUACUAAAAACGCAAAAUUAAUGAUUCAGGCAACUAUUUGUCUCCAUAACUGGCUUCGUCUACAAGACAAGGAUGAUAUAAACGCAAAUGUAUCUUUAACAGAUAUCGAUAGUAUGGAAGAUGGACGUGCAUUCAAAAAUAUUUCAAACUGUGGGUCUAACAUGAGUGCUAAAGAAUGUGUAAAAAUUCGAGAUGAAUUUUGUCAUUAUUUUAAUAAUGAUGGGGCCGUACCGUGGCAAAAUGAUAGAAAUAAAUAAUAAAGUUAUA